GGAUGAUUGGCGAGGUAAGAUGGCGGCGCCAGAGGAGCCAGAAUUAUCCCAGGCGCAGACCGAAAAACUCCUCCAAUUCCAGGACCUAACCGGUUUGGAGUCAAUGGACCAAUGUCGCCGAACAUUAGAGCAGCAUAACUGGAACAUUGAGGCUGCAGUACAAGACAGACUCAAUGAACAGGAAGGAGUGCCCAGCGUGUUUAACCCUCCACCAUCCAGACCGCUUCAAGUCAACACAGCAGACCAUAGAGUAUAUAGUUACAUCGUGUCAAGGCCGCAGCCCCGGGGAUUACUAGGAUGGAGUUACUACUUGAUAAUGCUACCUUUCAGAUUUACAUAUUACACACUGCUGGACAUAUUCAGGUUUGCCCUGCGGUUCAUCAGGCCGGAUCCUCGUGGUCGCGUGACAGACCCUGUUGGAGAUGUUGUGUCUUUCAUUCAUAAUUUUGAAGAGAAGUAUGGCCGGUCACACCCCGUAUUUUACCAGGGAACAUACAGCCAGGCACUCAACGAUGCCAAACGGGAGCUUCGCUUCCUAUUAGUGUACCUUCAUGGGGAUGAUCAUCAAGACACCGACGAGUUUUGCCGCUCCACACUAUGUACGGAAGAGGUCAUCACCUUCCUCAACACGCGGAUGCUCUUCUGGGCAUGUUCGACCAGCAAGCCUGAGGGCUACAGAGUGUCCCAGGCACUGCGAGAGAACACCUACCCAUUCCUGGCCAUGAUCAUGCUGAAGGACCGUAAAAUGACUGUGGUGGGCAGGCUCGAGGGGCUCAUUCAGCCAGAGGACUUCAUCAAUCAGCUCACCUUCAUCAUGGAUGCCAACCAAACAUAUCUGAUGUCUGAGCGCCUUGAACGUGAGGAGAGGAACCAGACCCAAGUGCUGAGGCAGCAGCAGGACGAGGCCUACCUGGCCUCGCUUCGCGCCGACCAGGAGAAGGAGCGCAAGAAGAGGGAGGAGCAGGAGCAGCGGCGACAAGAGGAGGAGAAGGUCCGACAGAGCGCCCUCGCUGAGGAGCGGCGGCGACAAACACUCGAGGAGGAGAAGGAGCGGAAGUCGGAGUGUCUUCCGCCUGAGCCGCCGGCAGAUGAUCCAGAAAGUGUUAAAAUAGUGUUCAAGCUGCCCAACGACACACGAGUCGAGAGACGAUUCCUGUUCAGUCAGUCUCUGACGGUAAUAUACGACUUCCUUUUCUCCUUGAAAGAAACUCCGGAGAAGUUUCAGAUAGUUACAAACUUCCCUCGCCGAGUCUUGCCCUGCCUUCCGACCGAAGAGCAGCCCAACCCUCCCACACUGAAAGAGACAGGACUCAGCCGCUCCGAGGUCCUUUUUGUACAGGAUCUUACGGACGAUUAAUGGAUGACAUACCUCUUCUACGUGGAAACACAUUUUCCCGCGGCGGCCACCUUCUCGCCCUUCCUUGUUUUUUUGUUUCAUAUUCUUAUUUUGUUAAAUGGCUGUUAUGCAUAAGGGAUCAUUGAGAUAAAAUCCUAACCCAGAAAGAUUAAACCACCCUGCAUCCAGUCCUUGUUUGGUUGUGUUUACAGGGUUCCCAAUAGCCUGGAAAGUCUUGAAAUUUAUCAAAUAAAUGUUUCUUGAAGUCUUUCCUCGAACUCAUCUUCACAUGUUCCGUGGACAAGGUCUGUUUUUAAUAGUAUGUACUUGGUACCAGUUUAAUUCUUGUCCUUUCUCACCGAUUACUGUUGCAGCAGCAAAUGAUUCAUCUACUAAAAAUACUGAGUAGCAUAGCUUUGUGCAGAUCCAGAACCACAUCCCUGAAGUAACUCCUGUCUGGGGAAAUAAGGAGGAAGGUUUCAUUAACACCAAUAUGGAAACAAAUGCAUUUAAUGAUGGUGUCAAAACUUUUUUUUUUUAUUUCCAAAUUCUGUCAGACUUGAUCUUUUUGUCCUAAUUCAUCGUGCAUUUUUUUUUUCUCAAGCACUCCCAUCGCAGUGAACAAUCUCAGCAGAAUCCAUCUGAAAACAGUUUGGUGCUGCUGCGGUUGUACGUCUGUGUGAGGUGGAGACCACAUGUGUAACUUCGAGGAGUGGCCUGAUGAAUUUGGACACUAAGGAAUUAUGGGAACCCUGUUUUAAAUGAGCCAUGACGUGUACAUAAGUUAGAUAUUUAAAAAUCCUCAAAUUGACCUUAUUUUGUUUGUGACUCAUCUGUGUCAUAAAAUGACCAAAUGCAGGUUGGUUACUAUGUAAAGCAGACUGCCUCAAAGCUCAUAAAGGUGAAAAAAAAAUCUAUAUAAAAAAAAAAAUACCAAUAUUUAACAAGACACCACAGCUUUUACCUGUGGUGUGAUCUAGUAUAGUCAGAGUCUGCCCAUAGUGUGCCUGUGGUUACUCAUAGAUGCCUGUUCUGCCUGUAACAUCCAAAUGGGCUCAUGUAAAGAUGUAAUUUUCCAACUAUAAAUUAAAAACAUUUUAAAAACCUG